AUGAUCGCGGUAUCUUAAGAGAGCUUCGCUUUGCUUUGCUGUGGUGUGAGCGAUCUCCGGCAAGAUCUCUGCAUCCGCUCUGGUGUGCGGGCUCUCGCAUACGCCCGCAGCACCGUCGCUCAGUUCGCGUCUGGCAGUAAGUGUGAAUGGAUGGAUCUCGGACUGUUCGCAAGACGAGAUCAUCGAGCGUGCGAGAGUUUGUAACGCUAGCCGUCCUAUAACGGCCACCAUCAUCUUACGGUAAUCGUGAUCUGCGUGCGUGUGCGCCAACCAAACCAGUGACCAGUGCGCAACCUGCCCAAGCUAGCUGCUCGGCCAGUUCGGCAACAGUUACCACCGAUCCGCGCGGCUGCCCCCGUCAUCUAACGGGUUCUGGUGAGGAAUUCUGGGUCGCCCUAGUAAAAUCUGUGCGGUGCGGGCAGAAUUCAGCCUCCGUCGACAGUAGUCGCACAGUUCGGUGUGUUGGAGGAUUCGCAGGAGCUCUGUCCGAUAGAUUCGUUGUCCGGAAACCGUGUGUUUUGUGUGUGCGUGUGUGCGUGCGUGUAUUGUUUCAAAUGUAAGCAAAGGCGUGUGUGACAGGGCAGCAUCGGCAAACCACUGAACGAGACUCCACCCAAAUAUGACGCGAAUAAUUACGGACAAUUUGACCAGGCUUCUGUUGCUGCUCGCGUGCACCCUAGCUCCCAUUUCGUGUGCGUGGCGCCCGUGCACCGAUCUCGACGCGCUGCUUAAAAUACCGUGCCGAUGCAACAUUGAGACCGCUGGCAACAACAGCCAGUAUGUGUUCGUGAACGUAAACUGCGAUCGGACGACGCUGACCGCUCCGUUUCCGAGCGGCAUUCCGAUCAUCUCAUUUUCGCAGCGCCACAGCGGCCAUCAAACAUUGCCGGAUCUAUCUAUCCUUAAUGCUCCUGUGCGGAAGCUGGACUUUUCCAACAAUGCGCUACGCUCGUUCGGCACCAAGACGCUGUUUGGCAAUGUGGCCGAAUAUCUGACCGAGCUGCGAUUGGCCAACAAUCUGCUCGGCGACAGCUUGAACCCGAUAUUUUCCACCGAUGUCCUGCAGGCGCUGCAGGCGCUCAAGGUGCUCGAUCUGUCGGGCAACCGUAUUAUCGCGCUCGAGGAAAGCAUUUUCGAUGGUAACCGGCGGCUGGUGGAGCUGUAUCUGGACCAGAACAAGAUCACCACUGCUCCGGUGGCGGCUUUGAAGGGACUGACAAGCCUCAAGCUGCUGUCGCUGCGAAGCAACCGCAUCGACACACUCGAACCGGACGCAUUCAACUUUGCCAACAAGCUGGAACGGUUGGAUCUGCGCAACAAUCGCAUUCGAAGCCUGAAGUCCAAGGCGUUUGCCAAUCUGGCCAGCAUGAAGGAGGUACUGCUGGCGGGCAAUCAAAUCAGUCACAUCGAUGAACGCGCCCUGGCCGGGAUGGAUGUGCUGCAAAAGCUGGACCUCUCCGAUAACCUGCUGUCCGAGUUCCCGUCGGAAGCGCUGGGGUCGGUCGUAUCGCUGAAGGUGCUGAACGUAUCGCUCAACAACAUUGCCAAGCUAGAUUCGAAUCACCUGGCGCAGAUGAAAAACCUGCAGAUUCUCGACAUCAGCCGGAAUACGAUAGCCACCAUCCUGCCGGGAACGUUCCGCGAGCAGCUACUGCUCAAGUACCUGGACUUGAGUCUCAACUCUCUGCGUACGAUCGAAGACGAUGCGUUCGAGGGAUUGGACAACCUGCAAACACUCAUCCUGCGCGACAACAACAUUCUCUUCAUCCCGGGCAGUGCGCUCGGUCGUCUGCCGAAGCUGUCGAAUCUGUAUCUCGACUUUAAUCGCGUGGCAGCACUAUCAUCAAGCAUACUGAAAUCGAUUCAACCGGAAAAUAUCCGCUACCUUUCACUGUCCCGCAACGUCAUCCGGGAACUGCCGGGCGAUAGCUUUGGCGCGUUCCGCAAACUUAUCUAUCUGGACAUUUCCGGCAACAGUCUGGGAGUAAUCGGCGAGGAUACGUUCAAGGGGCUGGAGGGUACGUUACUGGAGAUCAAGCUGUCGUUCAAUCGCAUUGCGUCGCUGCGCAAGAUCGUGCUGCCAAAGUUGCGCCGGUUGGAUUUAAGCUCGAACAGCAUCGAUGAUCUUGCGAUCGAUUCGUUCCACAGCCUGAACAAUCUGCUGUAUCUGAACAUGAGCGGCAACGAGCACAUCGGGCAGGUAACGCGCACGAUGAUCUACCCGCUAACCAAGCUGCAGGUGAUCGACAUCAGCCACUGUGGGCUGAAGAUGCUGCAGGCCGAUCUGUUCCACAACAACACGGAUCUGCGCAUCGUGCUGCUGAAUCACAACCAGCUGAAGGUGAUCGAGGAAGGCACGUUCCUGAAUCUGAACAAUCUGUUCGAUUUGUCGCUGGCGGACAACGGUUUGGAGCAGCUGCGUCCCCGCUCGUUCGUCAACACGGUCAACCUACGCUCGCUCAAUCUGCGCCAGAACGCACUGCAGGAGCUGCGAGCCGACAUGUUCACGACGGAGACCGCCCUCGAGGUGCUCGAUGUGUCGCACAAUAUGCUGAAAAGCUUCACCUCCAACACGCUCAAGAUACACCCGCGGCUGAGAAAGGUGCUGCUGGCGAACAAUCGGUUGGAAGUGUUCCCGCCCGAGCUGAUUGCCGGGCUGGACCAUCUCGAGGUGAUCGAUCUCGCCGGCAACCGGCUGUCCACCAUCCAGCAGCUUGACUUCGGUCGCUUGGUUAACCUGCGCGAGCUGUACCUGCGGGGGAACGUGAUCGACUCGGUACAGGACAUGGCGUUCCACAACUCCUCCCAGCUGCAGAUUCUCGACCUGGCUGCCAACCGGCUCGAGCGCCUGUCCGAACGUUCGUUCGAAGGUACGCUCCGGCUGGACCUGCUGGAUCUUAGCGAAAACAAGCUGACCAGCCUGCCGGAGCAGGUGCUGGCCAAAAGCCGCGUACAGCGGCUCGAGCGUGUUUCGCUUGCCGGCAACAAGCUGGCCAGCGUACCGGUAGCGGCCUUCGGUGAUCAACACGACACACUGCAGACACUCGAUUUGAGCCACAACGUUAUUCGGGAAGUACCGCGUGCUGGCCACAUGCUCAUGAUCAACGCGAAGCAUGUCGACUUUUCCUACAAUCCUCUCACCCCGGAAGCAAUCGCCACCGUGCUGGGGCAGCCCAAGACGGUACGCUCCCUCAAUCUAGCCGGAACGGGCGUGCGGGAGCUUCCCGUGCUGGAAACACCGUACCUGCGCAGUUUGAACCUGUCGCACAACAACAUCUCGGCGGUGAGUUCGAAAGCGUUCGAAAAGGUAACGCUGCUCGAACGGCUGGAUCUGUCGCACAACGCGAUCGGCGAUGCGGACGGAUUGCGCGACAUUUGGCCAAAGCUGGGCCUGCUCGCCUAUCUCGACCUCUCGAGCAACCCGAUCCGCUCGAUCACCGCCCAGACGUUCGAGCGGCUCGAAGGCCUGUCGGAGCUGUACAUUCGGGAGCUGCCCGAACUAUCGCGGCUCGAGAAGAACGCGUUCAAACCGCUAAAGGAUCUCGCCGUGCUGGAAGCGUAUCGGUACGCGAAGCUCGGCUACAUCGAUGUGCAGGGCAUUGUGCAAGAGUUGCCAGCGCUGGCCGCCGUCGACAUUGAGGCGAAGGAUGCCAACCUGGAGUCGGAUCAGCUGCAGGUGCUGCACCAUCCCAAGCUGCACACAUUGGGGCUGCAUGGGUACGCGCUGCAAACCAUCUCGUCCGGUGCGUUCGCUGGACUGCGCAACAAGUAUCUCACCGUUCGUCUGCACAACACCUCGCUGACGGCAUUGCCGCCAGCUCUGCUGCUCCCCCUACCCCGGUCCGCGCAUAUCGACUUCAGCAUUGCCGGUUCGAAGGUGAACACACUGACACAGCCCUUCCUAAGCUCGCUGGAUGAUCGCAAAAACAGCAUCCAGAUCGACGGGCUGGCGACGAAUCCGGUGCGAUGCGACUGCCAAGCGCGUGCCUUCCGCCGAUGGAUUCUGGCCACGAAGGUGAGCGAUGUGCGAUGCGCCAGCCCGGCACCCGUCGCCGGCAAGCUGCUCACCGAGGUCGGUGACAUCGAGCUGGUGUGUGACAAUCGCAGCAAGACCCCGACCAACCCUACCCAGCCGAUGCUACCAAGCACCGGAUCCGUGGUUGGCAGCGGUACACGCACUACGCCAACGAUAAGCUUCUACAACUACACGUCCGAGGUGCAGAUGACGAAUGCGGCAGCCACCACUGAGCACGACAUCAUCUGGAGCAUGCCGCCCGUCUCCUCGUCCUCCACGACCACCCGCACCAAGGGUUCGAAGUCGAAGGUUUCGUCAGCGGCGAUGCCACCGCUAAAGAAGAUGCCCUCGGCGAACGACGACACGCUCAUCAUCGGCAUCGUUGGCGGUGUCGUGGUGUUCAUCUUCCUGCUCAUCAUCUGCAUCUGCAUCUGCCGGUUGAAGAUGAACAACGACAGCUACCACCAUCACCAUCCGCGCGGUGGCCACCCGAUGCCGAUGGGCAUGCCCGGCACGCUGCAGGUCAAUUACACCGGCAAAAAGGGACAACCGACGGCGGCCAUGUAUCCGACGCUCGCGCCACCGUACGCGCAAAGCUACGCUACGCUGCCGUACAAACCGAACGGCUCGCCGACGCAGGCCCGGCCCAGCUACUCCACCAUCGGCCGAAUACCGUACCAGUACCAGAACCACUCGCUCAUGUCCAGCCAGGCCGCGUUGCACCACCAGCAGCAACAAUCGUCCGGUCCCGGCACCCUCACACAUUCGUCCCACAAUCCGUACAUCGUGUACCAGGACGAUAAGGUGUAUCGAUGAUCCCGAGAUCGCUUUAGCAGCAGAAGAAGUUCAACUCACCCUCCCCCAUCGGCUCUACCAAGAGAGUCGGAAAAGCGUGUGCACGUGUAUGUUGUGUUUGAGUGUGCGCGGGAUGAAUGUGUGGGCAAAGGAAUGUGUGUGUAAUUAAUCAUUAAAGCAAUUUUUUUUUGUUCACGUUUUGCCUUACCACUACCCUACCGCCGCUACUACCUGCUGGGCUGAGCGUCUUAGGAUUAUAACAAAACUUUCCAUUUCGAUCCUAUCCGAAUCGUGGGCACACUUUCUAACGGACAUCACGGAAACUCACCCGUCCACGCGUUGUGCUUUGAUGCAGGUAGAAUCAGUCCGUCGGAGGAAUCGUUGCCUAUUACUGUAGGAACCACAGAAUGCUCAAUUUAAUUUUACACCGUACCGUGGACAUAUUUAAUGUACGCUUUUCAACCCGCUCCCCCCUUCCCGUGGUGCUGCCAAUCGAGUAGGGUGUAACGGUGAUCGAUUUGGCCUGUUAGAUAGACUUGAGAAGAGAACGGUGAAAAGCGGGCUUUUGUAAGUAAAUCGGCAUAAUAAACAAAUAGAGUUAAUGACAACAG